AUGGCAGUCGCUACCUCAUCACUGCUGUCCUUUGCUCCCGGCCUGAUAGAGGCUAUUCGUUCACCGACUGCCCCGACCAUUGGCUUCUUCAAGACCUCAACCAUCCCGGAUGGGAAGGUGUGGGCCGUCUACGUCCUCGUCAUGGAGAAGGUCGGACAUCGUCCAAAGACCUACUGUGGCAGCGGCACCGACUCAUCUGAAGGUGCUUCACGACGUAUGGAGGUAUAUGACAAGCGAAACGACCAUGGCAUCUUCUCGGAUGUGGUCUCCGCCGCUGUUGAGAAAGCCCUUUGCGACGGUUGGGUCAUCACUCACAAGGGCUACUUGAUGAUGGUCUCCCACAAGAAGGACUAUUGCAUGCCUCACCUAUGUCCAUGGGCUAUCGACACCUUCACCUACGACGGCUGCUGCACCCAUUUCUCUAUCAACGAAGGAGGGUGGGUGGGUGCUGAGGAAGCCCAGAGGUAUGAGGGGUACACUCCCGACGAGAUCGACGUCCUCGAUCUUGAGUACAAGAAGACAAAGCAACGUCAGUACACUGUGAACAAGGGCGACAAGCACAAGGAUUACACCAAAGCCUAUAGCCUCAAGCAUCUUGCAUUGGGUUCCUUCAAGUGUGAUGUCUGCGACCUCACCUUCCGGUCUCCUGCCAAACUACUCGAGCAUGAGGGUCGUGAGAUCCACAAGCGCAAGGCAGCUGGACUGGGCAGACGUAAUGCUGGUCGAGGCGGCGGCCAAAGGGCUCUACGCGAUGGUCGUUACCAAUGCAAGACAUGCAACAACAUGAACUUCCCCUCCGCCGACCGCCUUCGCAUCCACUUGGGCGGUGUCCGACAUGCGAAGAAGCUUAGGGACCUAGGACAUUAUACUGACUUACUUAAAUGCCUCGAUAUACCUAACGUGACGCACGUCGUCAACUAUGACCUGCCCACCGAUAUUGACGAUUACGUUCACCGUAUCGGUCGUACUGGACGUGCUGGAAACACUGGUAUUGCCACUGCUUUCUUCAACCGCGGCAACCGCGGAGUUGUACGCGAUCUCCUUGACCUGUUGAAGGAGGCCAACCAGGAAGUCCCUGGAUUCCUCGAGUCCAUUGCCCGCGAAGGCUCCGGCUUCGGUGGAGGCCGUGGUGGACGCGGAGGCGGUCGUGGCCGUGGUAACGCUGCUACCCGUGACGUUCGUCGUAUGGGCGGCGGCGGUGGUGGUUUUGGUGGUGGCGGUCAGUGGGGUGGUGCUCCUCAAGGCGGCUACGGAGGUGGUUACGGCGGCGCUCCCGGCGGCGGCUACGCUCCUCCAGCUCCUGGUGGCUACUCUGGCGGCGGUGGUGGCUUUGGUGGAGGCUACGGCAACCCAUCCGGCCCUGGCGGCAACUCCUGGUGGUAA